GGUGUGCAAUGGUGCCUCUGAUUUUUGUUUGCAGCCAUGACUAUGCAGUUCAUCAGUCACCGCUUUCCAGAGGAUCAUGAUCCCACAAUUGAGGAUGCCUACAAAAUCCGGAUCCGUAUCGACGACGAACCUGCCAACCUGGAUAUCUUGGACACAGCAGGACAGGCAGAGUUUACAGCCAUGAGAGACCAAUACAUGAGGGCUGGGGAGGGCUUUGUCAUCUGCUACUCCAUCACAGACCGGCGCAGCUUCCACGAGGUGCGGGAGUUCAAGCAGCUCAUCUACCGCGUGCGCCGCACCGACGACACCCCCGUGGUGCUGGUGGGCAACAAGUCUGACCUGGCACAGCUGAGGCAGGUCUCCAAAGAAGAAGGCUCAGCUCUGGCACGAGAGUUCAGCUGCCCCUUCUUUGAGACAUCAGCUGCCUACCGGUACUACAUCGACGACGUCUUCCACGCCCUGGUGCGGGAGAUCCGCCGGAAGGAGAAGGAAGCUGUGAUGGCCCUGGAGAAGAAAUCCAAACCCAAAAGCAGCGUCUGGAAAAGACUCAAGUCCCCCUUUAGGAGGAAGAAGGAUUCAGUCACCUGAAGAGAGAGAAUUUCCUCUGCCAAACCAAACCUGUGAGCAGCCUUUUAGCAACCAAAGUUGGGUUAGUGACAAAAGUUUUGCCCAGCGCCUUCCGAACCCAGUGGGGACUUUGAUGAGGGCAAAGUGUUAACUGUUACCAAUUCUUCUUGUUCAGAGUGAUUGUUCCCCUUCAGUUUGGACAUUUAACUCAAGCCACUCUUUUGUUUUGUGGACCUUUUGUGGUAUU